AUGUCGGCACUUCUCUUUUUGCUUGUCAUUGAUUGGGAGACGAGAAAGACGCUUAAGGAAGGACACACAGAGAUAAGGUGGAGUUUUACUGAGAAGUUAGAAGACCUUGACUUCGCUGAUGAUCUUGCUCUGUUGUNCAAGAAAUUAUCAAUACUAAUUUGGAUAAGAAUAAGAAAGAUAAGAACGGAUGGUGCUACUGCAAGAGCACGGUCAGUUAUAACAGCCCAGGACGUGACGCACAUACUGUUGUUAAGGGACGAACCACGAGGAGAAAGUAAUGAUAAAUGGAGAAGACCCCUCGAGGAUGUAGACAGCUUUGUCUACCUGGGAGCCAAAGUUAGUACAGCUGGUGGAGCAGAUGAUGACAUCACUUCCAGACUGGGUAAAGCAAGAGCAGUGUUUGGUAAACUGACGGGUGUCUGGAAAAGCAGCAUCCUGAACAAAAGUACUAAGAUCAGGAUAUUCAAGUCAAAUGUAAUAGCUGUGUUGCUGUAUCGAUGUGAAUCAUGGAGGAUGACAGAGGGUGAUAAGGCCAAACUUGAUACCUUUCAGCACAAGUGCCUGCGUAGGCUUUUAAACAUCUACUGGCCUCUGCGUGUGUCCAGUGAAGAAGUGCGUAGGAGAGCCAACACUGAGACUAUCAGCGAACUAGUUAGGAUAAGGGGGUGGACAUGGAUAGGCCACGGGCUGCGCAUGGACAACAUCUACCUCCCAGGAGUUGCCCUGACGUGGGCACCGGAAGGGAAAUGCAAGAGAGGAAGACCUAAAGAAACGUGA